AUGCCGAUGGUCCAGCGGUGGUGGGUUGUAUCCCACCCCCCAAUAUUCGCGAAGGUCGGAUGGUGGGUCACUCGCGACGAAUACUGCGCAUUUACCCCUCAGAAAUGGUUUCUAGAAAGAGGGCGAGCCAGAGAGACUAGCCGACGCGGCGGCGCGCGGCAGAAUCGCGGCCUCGACCUUGGCCGUCAAACCCGCGCAUGCGCCCCGCACCGCGCGUCCGUCCCCGCGCCCCCUUCGCCCCCCAAUUAUGUCAUUAUGUUCCGCGGAGCUGGCUGCUGUUAUGUUGCCAAACACAGCUUUGCGUCUAACUAG